AUGGCCGUGGCUGCGAGAGACGUCAUCUCUGAAAACGGCGACACUUUCUACGUCCCGUGGUGGCAUACCAAGACCGGCAUCAUCGUGCGAUGGGUCAUUUUCCUCGUCAUCUUCGCCCUCAUCCUGGGCUACCUCAUCGGGGGGUACUACCACGCCAGGGCGCGCAUCCGAAAGGGCCUCCAGCCGCUGGCUUACCACCGAUGUCUCGUUAGUCGUCGCUCCUACCAGCCGACCUACCCUCAGCAGUGGCCGCAGUACCAGUUCGCCUACUACCCGCCCCAGCAAACCGGCCACCAAAACGUCUACCCCAUGAACGACAUGCCUCUGCCGGCGUACGAUCCCAACCGCCCGCCCAUGUACUCGGGCCCGCCGGGCGGUUCCAAGAUCGAUCCUCUUCAGAACCGGACGGCGACACAUAGGGUGCCCGAGAGUAAUCCUGCGCCCGAGUAUGCGCCUCCUCCGGGGCCGCCUCUGGGUCGCUAG